UAUUCUCUUUUGGGAUCCUCGAACAGAAGUAGUACUCCCAAAGUCUUGAACAGAUAUUUAAAACUCCUUGGAGUUUGGACACUGAAAGCCACUGACUUCUUCUUUCUCUCUUCCAAGUUUCAACCUUUAACUCACGUUGCUUCCAUCUCAAUCCCAAUUACUUUCAUUAGCUCAAGAUCUAGGGUUUCCAUUUACGCCAUGGAAAGCUCAGGAGAGAAGGUCGUCGCCGUAAUCAUGGUCGGAGGCCCAACUAAAGGGACUAGAUUUCGGCCUCUGUCAUUCAACACGCCAAAGCCGCUGUUCCCAUUGGCUGGGCAAGCCAUGGUUCAUCAUCCAAUCUCAGCUUGUAAGAAGAUACCCAAUUUGGCUCAAAUUUUUCUAAUUGGGUUUUAUGAGGAGCGUGAGUUUGCACUCUAUGUUUCUUCGAUUUCCAAUGAGCUUAGAGUGCCGGUGAGGUACUUGAAAGAGGAUAAACCACAUGGCUCAGCUGGUGGUAUUUAUUACUUCAGAGAUUUGAUCAUGGAAGACAGCCCGUCGCAUAUCUUUUUGCUGAAUUGUGAUGUAUGCUGCAGUUUUCCGCUUCCAGAUAUGCUUGAGGCUCAUAUAAAAUACGGUGGAAUGGGUACAAUGCUAGUAAUCAAGGUUUCUGCGGAAUCUGCCAACGAGUUUGGUGAGUUGGUUGCUGAUCCAGUCACCAAAGAACUGUUGCAUUACACUGAGAAACCAGAGACUUUUGUGAGUGAUUUGAUCAACUGCGGUGUUUAUGUAUUUACCCCUGAUGUUUUCAAUGCCAUUGAAGACGUAUCCAGUCACCGGGAAGGCAGAGCUAAUUUACGCCGUGUUUCCAGCUUUGAAGCGCUCCAGUCUGCUACAAGGAAUCUUCCUACAGAUUUUGUCAGAUUGGAUCAAGAUAUUUUGUCACCUCUUGCUGGAAAGAAGCAAUUAUAUACUUAUGAGACCAUGGAUUUCUGGGAACAGAUUAAGACUCCAGGAAUGUCAUUGAAGUGUUCGUCUUUGUAUCUUUCUCAAUUUCGAUUCACCUCUUCACAUCUAUUAGCUAGCGGAGAUGGAAUCAAGAAUGCCACAAUAGUUGGUGAUGUUUAUAUUCAUCCAUCGGCAAAAGUGCACCCUAGUGCUAAGAUUGGUCCCAAUGUAUCUCUCUCAGCAAAUGUUCGGAUAGGUGCGGGAGUAAGGCUUAUAAGUUGCAUCGUCUUGGAUGAUGUGGAAAUUAAGGAAAAUGCAGUUGUUAUACAUUCUAUUGUUGGAUGGAAGUCAUCUAUUGGGAGAUGGUCACGUGUCCAGGCUGAAGGAGACUACAAUGCAAAGCUUGGAAUUACCAUCCUUGGAGAAGCAGUAACUGUUGAAGACGAAGUUGUGGUGAUUAACAGCAUUGUUCUCCCGAACAAGACUCUUAAUGUUAGCGUACAGGAGGAGAUCAUUUUGUAGAGGUUGAGAGAGAGAGAGAUUGCAAAGGCCUCCUAGUUUUGUUUGCUGCCCUGCAUCGAUUUCUUGAAUAAUUUUGGCCAACAGCAAUAUUGUAUAAUUUUUUCCUUUGGACAAUUGAUGUUGUAUAAUUGAGCCACGCGGAACAUAUAGGCAACAUUCUUUAUCCAGCAAUAUAGUUCGCUAGUACAAUCCUCCCGUAAAGAAAGAGGACCAAUUUUUGUGACUAAUAGAUGUACGUUCACUUGAUAUUGUAUAAUUUUGGUAACGAUUUCAUCUGCACAAA